GGUGGCUUCUGUUCUGUACUGGCUUCGAUUUACCAUCAUUCCGGGGACCCGGUGCAUAUAUGCUAGAAGUAUAGUACCUCUUGUUCUACUACUUCAUAAGUGCUUAUCUCAUACCGGUACACCUGACACUGCCGGCGGCCUCUCCUGCAUACAAAGUGCAUACAACUAGUGCAUUGGGGAACCUAUUGUACAAGUAGACGCCCGCACUAGCCUUCUCGACCUAUCCUGUGGGCAUUUCCCCUCGCCUUCGUGCAAUUCUCCUGCUCCUGCGACUCCUCAGGGGUGACUUUCAGCUAAAACAAUCCACUUUACUCAUACACCUGCGACCGACGUAAACCGUUUUGGCACGCGCGAUUUGUACGUGUAUAGUCCCUCUAGACUCCCGUCCCGUUUGGGGGCGUGAUCGAUUGUACGAAUAAUUGCACUCUUUUUGUCGACUUUUCUGGUGCAUCGAUAUCGAGCCUUUUUUUCCUUUCUGUAUUGCCCACUCCUCCUUACGGAAGGGGUGGAGGAAAUCUUUUUCCCCCACUUGCUCUGCCCUCAAUCUAUGGCACGUUGACCCAAAUCCGUAUUAUCGGCGAAGAUCUUGUUCCCCUCCCUCCCCCCCUCCGAUCACCUAGCAUACAUCUCACGAAUAUAAUAUUCUCGCGUUACGUUUAUCGUUUUCCCUUUUCUGUUAUCGACUGUCACGACACGGAACCGGAAUUAUGGCGUCCUCGAUUCCAGCUACACCACCUUUACCUCCUCCACAAACCCCUCACCGGCACUCCCACCAUCCGAGUACAAAUCCUCGUCAGAAGCUCCAGAACCCUCGUCGUAAAUCCGCUCCCUCCCACCGAGGUCACCUCUCAUCUGCAUCCACAGCUGCAGCUUCCCCAGAAGUCAUAACCAAUCUUGUUGACUCACUCAGCAAGCUUUCGCCAGGACCUCUGCAUAACCCCUCACUUUACGGCUCCCUGCAUGCGCCGGAUAUGUUCCCUCCCCAGCCAUCCCCACGGGAGUUAGAUUACGAUUACACCGUCGGAGUUGGAGGCAUUGGUCGAGAGGUUGGCUUUCUUCAUCCCGACGAUGCUGCGCUUGCGCCUGUGGUGAGAACCGCGAAACCUCCUAGUGGGUUUUCGGUUCACACAAAUGGGUCUGGUGAGGGCGCGUCGAGGAGAAGUUCAUAUGCCUCCGGCAUAUCUGCUGGGAAAGGUGGUGUCGACAUACCGAAUUACGUUCGAAAUUAUAUGAACAGGGCUGCAGGAGCCGGUGACGGCAUGGCUGAUAGGAGGAACUCUAGGGAGAGCAGUGUGAGUGGAAAGAGCACGAGAAGGGAUGGUGGGGGGAGUCGGUUGAGUUAUAUGUCCUCGCGCGAAAGGAUGAGGAUGGAAAAGGGCCGAUCGCGCGACCGUGAUGUGUCGGUGGAGAGAGAUAGUGAGAGGGAAUUGAGGAUGAGCGCUGCUGGAGUGUUGAGUGCAACCAGUGGGGGUGAUUACAGAGGAAGGGGCAAGACCGAAGAAGCAGGGGGUAGACAUAUCCCCGAAAGAAGGAGCAGCUACGGUAAGGGAUCGCCGCAAAGGAUAUCCAGUUACCCUGCAGCGAUCGUUACCAAUGUUUCACCAAUGCAUCCGGGUUCUCCUUUGGGAUCGCCAAUGUUUCCAAACCACGAGGAGGUGGAUGAGGAGGACCACAACGGUGCCGCUCCAGCGCCUGAUCUUCCGAGAAAUCGAUCCGAAAGGGAUCGUAAGCGCAGUUCGAAGCAGUAUCCAAAACGUGCGGACAGCUUGAAUAGUGGGAUGGGGCGUUCGCCUAGCAAAGCCAAGCGGAGGUCGGAACCGCAGAGCAUCCUUGCGAAUCAGUUUGGACAACAGCAGGCCUCUCCCCCACGCCCGUCUUUUCAAAGCGCCCCACCCGAGACGACUCAUCACGAACGUCCCUCCUCCGCGGACUCUAUCGAUGACGCAGUUGAUUCGUACCUGUGCUCUCCACGUCUUUCGCAAAAGAUCCGUAUGCCUACUACUGGGCGUAUUAUCUCGUUCUCGGAAGUUGGCGACCCCAGCGGAUUCGCGGUUUUUGUCUGCGUAGGGAUGGGCCUGACGCGCUAUGUUACGGCCUUUUAUGAUGAGUUGGCGUUGACUCUUGGUCUCAGACUGAUAACGCCGGACCGACCUGGUGUCGGCGAGUCUGAGGGGAUUGACGAAAAUGAGCGAACAGUUCUUAAUUGGCCCGAUGAUGUGCUCUAUAUUUGCCAGUCACUCAAGAUUACAAAGUUUUCGAUAUUGGCUCAUUCAGCUGGCGCAAUUUACGCACUUGCUACAGCAUUGAGGAUGCCUGGGCAUAUAAGGGGGAAGAUUCACUUACUUGCCCCUUGGAUUCCGCCUUCUCAAAUUGAAGGUGUGGUCGGUACGGGCAAAGAGGGUGAGGAGAAGGUUGGAAGUAUCCCUACGACACAGCGAAUUCUACGAGCCCUCCCGACUCCUAUCCUCAAAGCCGCCAACUCUUCAUUCAUGUCGGCGACGUCUUCAUCACUUACUACGUCCCUUCCACGAACAGGAGGUCGUGAUAGGAGUCGAAAAAACAGACGAGCCGCUUCUGCCGCAGGUGGGGAUAUGCGGAAGGGUGACUCUCCUGGUAAAGAUAGGCCGAGCAAAGGUAAUACCGACAUGCCUUCCGGUCCACUCUCGCCAACUUUAGCGGUUGCAAGAAAUGGAACUGGUAAGGACGGCGCUAUUGUGACGACCGCUGAGAAGCCCUCUGCUGAGGACGAGGUGAUUGCGGCAGCUCUCGUGUCAGCAGCAGAAAGGGAACGGCAAAUGUCUUACGAUGAACGACUAACUCAUGCAAUUUGGACGCUCAGUACGCGGAAUGCUAACCCCGCUGUUGACCUGCUUGUCUGUCUUGAGAGAAACAGACCAGUUGGGUUCAGGUACGUCGACAUUACGCGGGCGGUGGUGAUCCACCAUGGAGCAAGGGAUACCAGGGUGCCGGUCGAGAACGUCAAGUGGCUCGGGAAGACUAUGCGAAGGUGUGAGGUUAGGAUUCUGGAUGGCGAGGGCCACGGCUUGAUGGCUAGCGCAGUGGUAAUGGGCGGAGUACUCGACGAGAUUGCAGCAGAAUGGCGAGAUUGGAGAAAGGUUGUCGAGGGAAGGGGAGAGAUACAUGUUGGAGGCCUGGAGAGAAGGUGGGCCGAUUGAGCCUCACAUUGAUGUGUUUUUCUUUUGGAAACUUAUUCUUUUUAUUUUUAUUUUUUAGCGAUUGAGUCACGUCCGCGAACGUCUUCGCUUCAUGCUUUAUUUUUUUAUUCCCUGCGGUCUUAUGGUUUUUUUUCCUUCGGAUUUCGACAUUUCAAAACUAGGAAUGGACGUUUUCGUUCUCCCAAUCUUGAAGACAAAACGAUACUUGAUUUUAUUUCUUUCCGUUUAUAUUACUUGGGUCAUGGGGAUAUCCAGCGGAGCAGCGGGUGGUUUUCAAUCUCUUGUCAUAUUCUUUUAUAUUACGAUUGUAGCUCCAUACUUUAUUAUAUUAUAGUUAUACGCCGUGA